CUAGAGGUGCUCUUUGACGCACGGUGCACAAAGGUAGCACCAUUACCCCCUCCAAAUUCAAUCUUUUCCUCUACCCUUUCUGAGAUAUUUCCAAAAAAAUUGUUUCUUUUCUUUUCCAUCCCAAAAAUUGUUCAAUUACUUAUUUAUUUUUAUUUACCAGUAGCAAUAAAUAUUUAAAGUAUUUCUCUGGGAAGAAAAAAAAAAUCAACUUCCCCUUUCCCCUGUCUCUCUCCAUUUUCGAUCACCAAAACAUUUCACAACAAUUUCAGUAGAAGCACCAAGAAACUAGAUAAAAAAGAAGAGGAGGAAGGUUUUGAGAGAAAGGUGAAAAGGGGUUCAAGAAAAGAUCAAAUCUUUAUUGCUCUUAGAGAUGGCUUUAAUGCGCCUUCUCAGACAGGUUGAAAGGCAGCAAUCUCAACUAAGGCAGCUAAACUAUUUUCUCAAUAGAACCUAUCUUACCUCUGGAAAGGCUAUAGGAGGUGGAGUACAUGGAGCUGCAAGAACCAAGGGAAGGUUUCGAUCAAGUUAUGUGGGCAGCCUAGCCCGUCGAGUACGUGAUACAGAAGAAGCUACUGAUGCGGCGUAUCUCAGAGAGCUAUAUCAUAAGAACGAUCCAGAGGCAGUCAUAAGGUUGUUUGAAGGUCAACCUUCACUUCAUUCUAAUCCAGCAGCACUCUCGGAGUAUGUUAAGGCGCUGGUUAAGGUUGAUAGACUAGAUGAAAGUGAGCUGCUCCGGACAUUGCAGAGAGGGAUUGGUGGUACUGCUAGCUCUCAUGCGGAAGAAGCAAAUUUAGGAGCUCUGUCAGCUUUUAGAAAUGUUGGGAAAGCUAUGAAGGAUGGUGUGCUUGGUACUGCCAAUGCUCCUAUACAUAUGGUGGCUGUUGAAGGGGCUCAUUUCAAAGAACAGUUGUGGCGUACAUUCCGUGCUCUUGGUUUGGCCUUUCUCUUGAUUUCAGGUGUUGGUGCGCUCAUUGAAGAUAGAGGAAUCAGCAAAGGACUUGGUCUAAAUGAGGAAGUGCAGCCGACUAUGGAAACCAAUACAAGAUUUGCUGAUGUGAAGGGUGUUGAUGAGGCGAAAGGGGAGCUGGAAGAGAUUGUGCACUAUCUUCGAGACCCUAAGCGAUUCACUCGUCUUGGUGGCAAGCUCCCAAAGGGCGUGUUACUUGUUGGUCCACCUGGAACUGGUAAGACCAUGUUGGCAAGAGCCAUAGCAGGAGAAGCUGGGGUUCCCUUUUUCUCGUGCAGUGGCAGUGAAUUUGAGGAAAUGUUUGUUGGUGUUGGAGCCCGGAGAGUAAGAGACCUUUUUGCAGCUGCUAAGAAACGAUCACCGUGCAUUAUAUUCAUUGAUGAAAUUGAUGCCAUUGGAGGUAGCCGUAACCCAAAGGACCAGCAAUAUAUGAGGAUGACUUUGAAUCAGUUGCUUGUUGAGCUGGAUGGUUUCAAACAGAACGAUGGAAUCAUUGUGAUUGCUGCCACUAACUUUCCUGAGUCAUUGGAUAAGGCACUGGUGAGACCUGGACGUUUUGAUCGCAACAUUGUUGUCCCAAAUCCUGAUGUUGAAGGUCGGAAGCAGAUUCUGGAAUCUCACAUGUCAAAGGUUGUUAAGGCCGAUGAUGCGGACCUUAUGAUCAUUGCUAGAGGGACUCCUGGAUUUUCUGGUGCUGACCUUGCCAAUUUGGUUAACAUUGCUGCUGUGAAGGCUGCAAUGGAUGGUGCCAAAGCUGUAAGCUUGGCUGAUCUAGAGUAUGCUAAGGACAAGAUCAUGAUGGGAAGUGAGCGCAAAUCAGCUUUCAUAUCCAAAGAGACGAAAAAGCUUACCGCCUACCAUGAAGGUGGCCAUGCUCUUGUGGCUAUUCAUACUGAUGGGGCUCUUCCAGUUCACAAGGCAACCAUUGUUCCACGUGGUAUGGCUCUCGGUAUGGUUGCUCAAUUGCCUGAGAAGGAUGAGACUAGUAUGUCCCGUAAGCAGAUGCUUGCUCGGCUUGAUGUUGCUAUGGGUGGGCGAGUCGCUGAAGAGCUCAUUUUCGGAGAAAGUGAAGUAACUUCUGGUCCAUCUAGCGAUCUCCAGCAAGCAACCAAUCUCGCCAGGGCCAUGGUUACCAAGUGGGGCAUGAGCAAAGAAGUUGGGCUCGUCACCCACAACUAUGACGAUAAUGGGAAGAGUAUGAGCACUGAAACGAGGCUUCUCAUUGAGAAGGAAGUAAGAGAAUUACUUGAAAGGGCUUACAACAAUGCAAAAACGAUUCUGACCACCCACAACAAAGAGCUUCAUGCCCUUGCCAAUGCAUUACUUGAGCAGGAAACACUGACUGGAAACCAGAUAAAGGCCCUGCUUACACAGGUCAAUUCUCAACAUACACAACAGCAGCAACCUCAAUUAGUGACUGAGGAGAGCACAUCACCAUCCAAUCCAGCUCCUCCGUCAAGUCCAACUGCAGCAGCUGCUGCUGCGGCCGCUGCUGCAGCAGCCGGCGCUGCAGCUGCGGCCACUGCCGCAGCCAAAACCAAAGGCAUUGCUCCUGUAGGACCUUAGUAUGGUAACUUAUUGGUAGUUUUUGUCAAUCCAAUGUGCAUAUAGGGGAUCAUUUUCAUUCCACCCUUUUCAUUGUUGAGUUACUAUCAAGGAGGUGAUUAAUGCAUGGAGGUGAGUUUAGAGGUCAAUGGAAAUAGUAACAGAUAAAUUGGCAAAUUCAUGUUGUCUAAGUGUAUGUCAUAUUUAGUUGUCCUAAGGCCUCUUUCUUUUGGUGUUAUAAAGCCACUUAGCUGACCUUGCAGAUCUUAACUUUAAGUAUCAGCAUACUCAUUUACUUGCCAAUUUGAGCUGGAUAUUUUUCAUGAGUAUAUUGUAAAAUUUCGCAGUGUCAGAACUUAAUAGUUUUCCAAUAAUGCAUUUACUCGUUACCUGCUUUUUC